UCUCAUUACAUUAAGACUUGACAACUUGUCUUUCUCAUACCAAACCCCUCUCCUCUGUUUCUUAAUACCUUCUCUGUUUUUUCUCCCCUAAGCCCCUAAUGACAAACCAUAAUGCCUUAAUCUCUGAUGCAAAAGGCAGCAUAGGAGUUGCGGUUAGAGUUCCAAAUCAAUCUCUGUUUUCUCCCGGAGGUAGCCGAUACAUCAGCAUUCCCCGGAAGAAACUUGUACAGAAGCUAGAGACCGACCCGAGUCAAACCCGAACCCACUCUUGGAUCGAAGCCAUGAGGGCUUCUUCCCCGACCCGAAUCCGACCGGGGAACAUAUCCUCUCUCCCGGAGUCCGAUGAGGAAGAUGAAUACUCUUCUUGGAUAGCUCAACACCCAUCGGCUUUAACCAUGUUUGAAGAGAUCGCUGAAGCUUCAAAAGGGAAACAAAUCGUUAUGUUUCUUGACUACGACGGUACAUUAUCGCCCAUUGUAGAAAACCCGGAUCGGGCUUACAUGUCUGACGAGAUGAGAGAGGCAGUGAAAGGCGUGGCUAGAUAUUUCCCGACCGCGAUUGUCACUGGAAGAUGCCGUGAUAAGGUUCGUAGAUUUGUGAAACUUCCCGGACUUUACUAUGCCGGUAGCCAUGGAAUGGACAUCAAAGGACCUUCCAAAAAAACAAAACAUAACAAGAACAAUAAAGGUGUUCUUUUCCAAGCGGCGAAUGAGUUCUUGCCUAUGAUUGACCAGGUCUCUAAGUGUCUAGUGGAGAAAAUGAGAGACAUAGAAGGAGCAAACGUCGAGAAUAACAAGUUCUGUGUCUCCGUACAUUACCGUUGUGUUGAUCAAAAGGACUGGGGAUUAGUAGCGGAACACGUGACAUCAAUAUUGAGUGAGUAUCCAAAACUGAGGUUAACACAAGGAAGAAAAGUUUUAGAGAUUCGACCAACCAUCAAAUGGGAUAAAGGCAAAGCUCUCGAGUUCUUGCUCGAAUCUUUAGGAUUCGCUAACUCUAACGAUGUUUUGCCCAUCUACAUCGGAGAUGAUCGUACGGACGAGGAUGCUUUUAAGGUGCUGAAAAAGAAAGGACAAGGCUUUGGUAUACUUGUGUCCAAAGUUCCAAAGGAAACGAGUGCUACAUAUUCUCUACAAGAACCUUCCGAGGUAGGAGAGUUUUUGCAGCGACUCGUGGAAUGGAAACAAAUGUCACUAAGAGGAAGAUAGCCAGUUUCCUGACUUUAAUUUAUUUUCAAUUAAAUAAAUGAAUUAGUUUUCA